AUGAGGAGAGAGCUGCUCCCCGGUGCACCUCACCGCCCUGAUCCGCCACGGGAGCCGGUUCCCCACCGUGAAGAACAUCCAGAGGAUCCGGAGGCUCAGCGAGCUGGUGGCGGCCGAAGGGGGGGCCGCAGGGGGGGGAGCGACCGGAGGAGGGACCGGAGGGGGGGCCGCAGGGGGGGCCGCAGGGGGGGGGGGCGACCGGAGGAGGGACCGCAGGGGGGGGCCGCAGGGGGGGGAGCGACCGGAGGAACGACCGGAGGGGGGACCGGGGACUGGCUGCGGGAGAUCCGGAGCUGGGAGAACUGGUACACGGAGGACAUGGACGGGCAGCUGGUGGAUAAGGGCCGGCAGGACCUCCGGCUCCUCGCCCAGCGGCUCCAGGAGCUGUUCCCCUCUCUUCUGUCGGAGCAGAGCAGCUUCAGCCUGAAGACCAGCUCCAAACACCGCUGUGUGAGCAGCAUGGAGGCCUUCAGGGAGGGGCUGCAGGUCGGGCGGUUAUCUCACUCCGUCGACGACGAGCUGCUUCGGUUCUUCGAGCGCUGCCGUGGUUACGUGGAGGGUGUGGAGAAGAACCGGACGGCGCUGGUGGAGGUUCAUCGGUUCAAAAAGGGGGGCGAGAUGGAGGGGGUCCGGGGGAGGGUCGCUAUGAAGCUGGGGCUCCCUCCCCACCUCCUCACACCAGAUCUGGUAGAAGCCGCCUUCUUCUUGUGUUCUUACGAACUCUCCAUCCGGUCCCUGAACUCACCGUGGUGCUUCCUGUUCACUGAGGAGGACGCCAGGGUGUUGGAGUAUAAGUCGGACCUGAAGCAGUUCUGGAAGCGUUUCCACGGUCAUGUGAUCAGCGGUGUCUCCAGCUGUCCGUUAUUCCACCACGUUUCAGAACGCUGGACAAAGCAGGACGCCCACGCAGAGCGACGGACGCCCCCCCCCGCCCUGACGGCCUCGGUGCUGCUGGGUCACGCCGAGACGCUGCUGCCCCUCCUCUCUCUGCUGGGGCUCUACAGGGACCCCCACCCCCCCACUGCUGACAACUACCAGCAGCAGCACGGUCGUACUUUCCGCUCCGGGCUGAUCGUCCCGUACGCAGCCAACCUGCUCUUCGUCCUCUUCGACUGUCAGCGCGGCCCUCGUCUCCAGCUGUUGCUCAACGAGAAGCCGGUUCGAUUCCCCGGUCUGCCCCACGACGACGCGCCGCUGUACCGGGACGUCCGCGCCGCGUACCGCCCCCUGCUGGACGGCUGCGACUCUGCACGCGAGUGUGAGGGCCGGGGGGCCCGCGCACCCAACACGGAGCUCUGAUUGGACGGGAGGAGGAGACAUCUGACCAAUGACAUCACGAGGUUCUUAACUAACGUCUGUGAAAUCUCCAAAUACCAAGAAAACACGUUCGGUUCAAUAACACGGGUCACAUGACCUGCUUCAAACCAUACAUGUAGAAUUUUAUUUUUCCUGAAGGAAGCUUUUAUCCCACGUGAGGCGUUCAAGGACCGUCUGAAAGUAGAAAAUCCCCCAAAUAAUUUGUGUUUCCAGAAAAGUAGUUAGCGUUUAAAGUGAAAGUGGGAAUAUUAGACAAAUUAUGAAUAUUUUUACACAACCUUUGAAUAUUCUGAAAAUGAAAAUAUUCCCCAAAAGAACCAUGUUACUCUUUGGAGUAAAUCUGGAUAAAAAUGUAUAUUGUGAUUUCAAGGAGCCACCUGACCAACGACAUCACGAGGUUCUUUAUUAACCUGUGAAAUCUCCAAAUACCAAGAAAACACGUUCGGUUCAUGUUGAAUAACACGGGUCACAUGACCUGCGUCACAUGUACAAUACGGGGUUAAAUAUGUACGGUAAGACUCUGCAGGGUUUAUCUUCGUCUGCUUCUGAGUUUUGGUUUUAAUGAAAGAAGCUUUUUUUUAAAUAAAAGCUGUUCUAGCUGUUUCUAACGCAGGCUUCUGAUUGGCUGAUAUUUGCCCAGAGACCUGCUCUCUGAUUGGCUGGUUUGAGGAGAGGAGGACAUCUGGCUGUUCGAUGUCUUCUCUCUCCAGGUGGACUCACACUUCUUCUUCUGGUCAUUAAAAAGAGUAGAUCAACAGAAACGUCACUUUUUAAACAUUGAAAGCACAAAAAAACUCUUUGAAAGCAGUUUUUUAAAGUGAAAGAGAGUCAGGAAGUGAGGAAGUGACGUUUAAAGGUUAUUAUCUGCAGGUUGUGUGAUGCAGGCGCUUCAGGUUAUAUUCUUAUUUAUUCAGGAGGAAAGGGUUAUGGGAUGUGUUUGUAUUGAUCUUUCUCUUUGACUUCAUGUUUUAGUGCCAAAUGUUUGAAGCUUAAAUUAAAACGUCUCAGAAAUAAAACAAA